GCUGUACGGUCCAUCAGAAAAGGCGACGACCACUAAUUCUACCGUGAAACAAACGCCUACUCACAUCGCAUGACACCAGUAAAUUAAGCAAUGCAAACAAGUAGUCGCCUUCAACGCUUAGCGCAUGACAAUGAUGUGACAAGCUUGCAGCAGGAUGAUGAUCACCUGGACGAAACUCUCGCAAUGCGUAAGCAAGCUACCAAACAGAUACAAGAAGCCAUGGAAUUCGUCAAAGAUAAGGAGGAUUACGAAGAGGCUGUCCGUCUCGUCCCAGACAUAGUCGAGGCCGAAACGCACGCGUGCUUGUUUAUGCGCCGUGAAGACUUUAACGCUUGGGCCGCCGCUACUAGACUCGCGAUUUACUGGAAGACGAGACGAGAAACGUUUGCGGAGCGGGCUUUUCGGGCCAUGUUUGAUUUAUCUGGAGGUGGAUGCUUAAAUAAAGAAGACGUGAAGGAUCUCAAGACAGGUCUUGUUGCACGCCUUCCUGCGGACGCCAGCGGCCGUUCCAUUUACUGUAUCGAUCACGCUAGAAUGGCUGGACCAGAGAGCGUGGUAAAUGAAAAGAGAAUACGCUUUUUGUUCUUUUGGAUUUCCCUGGCGGGUCAGAAUCGGAAGGCGCAAAAAAACGGAGUGGUCUUUUUGCGAAUUAUGGACCGUCCCGUAGUGGAUAGGAGUGCCAACAAUCGGGUUCUUCAUUUUAUGAGCAAUGGAAUGGCUGUGCGGAUCGAAGGGUUCCAUCUUAUUUACAUCCCACCGACAGCUAAAGCGCGAAGAUAUUCUGACAAUCUGGUUACUUUACUGCUUCAGAUCUUGAAGCAAGCCUUGGGUGAUCGCGGAAAUUUGCAUAUUGGGUACUCGGGCAUUGAAGUUCUUCCACAGCUCUUACCGUAUGGCUUGGAAGCGGAGGGGUUACCAGCUACACUGGGUGGCAGCUGGACCUACGACAAACUUGAAGCGUGGAUCAAAUACCACCAAAUGGUAUAUCAAGCUCCCGGGAAGAAGCCAAAAUCAAACAACCUUCCAACCAUCAAAGGGCAAGCAGUCCUCAGAUCGACGGGGACUAGAACUUCAACCAACAUUUCGCAGUCAUCUCCUUUUCCAGCAGUACAGUCCAACGACCGCAUGGUACACAGAAUUAGAACUUUUAAGUUCCGGGUUCAGCGCCGAAAAAGCGUCAAGCAAAAGAUCGAUUCAGUGGGCGCUCGAUACCGCCGUGGAAUAAAACUCAACCCCACCAAAACAUAAGCAAUUGUCUCUAAUGCAACGACACCAUGCAAGCGAGUCAUUCAAUUACCUUUCUUAGCGUACAUGAUGUUGACAAGUGAUCGGAGAACCUUUCUUACAAGAACCAAAACCGAUUCAGAGUCAAAACUAGCUUUUAGUGUGAUUGACAGGGCAUGGCUAAACAUGAAAAAAUGGACAGUAUUUCCUAGCUCCACAGAGAAUCCCCUCGACCACACAUUACCCACACGGACAAGGGUGACAGCCGUGCCUUCUCCAUCCGCUUCUAGUACCAAGGUUGGGCGAUGUCGGGAUAUUUACAGAACAUGCUGAGCGGAACCAACGGAACUUUUGC